AUGGAGGUCCAAGCCUGGAUUGAAUCAUCAAUACGAGCGUUUUUCUGCUUGACUGGCAUUACAGGGAACCUCUGGCUGGGUUUGCGCUCUCUUCCCAAAUCCAGAUCUCAACUGCGACCCAACGACGUCCUCUUUAUUAAUCUGGCCGCGUCCAAUCUGAUCACAAACUGUCUAGUGGAUCUUCCAGACACAUUGGCGCAGUUUGUGAACGACUGGUUCAUGGGUAGAAACUACUGCAGCGUGCUUCAGUUUUCAUCCGAUCUCUCGGAGACCAGCAGCAUCUUCUCCACUAUGUUCAUCAGCAUGUAUUGGCACCAGAAACUGGUGGGCUCCAUCAGACGUGGAGGAGCUCCGGUGCAGAUGGAUAAUUUGAGGUUAGUCGUCAUAUUGCUCGCUGGGAGCUGGAUCGUGGCGUUGAUGUUCAGCGUACCCCACUUUUUUAUUGCAGAACACGAUGGGAACGAGACUUUAGAAGUUUGUGAAGAACGUUUCCCAACACCUGUGGAGAAAAAGACGUUCGAUGCGCUGUAUCUGAUUCUGGCGAACGUCGUUCCACUUGCUGGGAUCACCUACGCCAGUGUGCAGAUCGUCUUAAUGCUGCUCCGGAGUCAAAAACGAAUCACGGACCACUCCAAAGGAAGAAAUGCACCACCUACAGAAGAAAAUACGGCCAAAAAGUCUAAAGCCGUGAAUACCGUCGCCAACCCGCAACAGAAGACGCAGGUCAGAUCCAAUCCAUCCUCGAGUAACCAGGUUCGAGCGGCCAAAAGCGUGGUUGCAGUCGCCACCAUCUUCAUCUUCUGCUGGUUCACUCACCUCAUUCUCCGCAUCUACAGCAACUUCAGAAACUCUAUCCUCGCUGUGAAACUCACCAGUUUUAUUGGAGCUUCUUACACCUGUUUCGUUCCCUAUGUGUAUUUGCACGGUGUGAAGAAACUCAACUGCUCUUGGCGGUAA